AUGCUCCGAUUUCAUCGUGUUUGGAGCACAACUAGGUAUCGAGUUUGCAUUUUUUGCCACGCUUUCUACUUUUUCGGUAUUGAAUUUCCAUAAUCGUCUCGAAUUUCGACCCGAAAAUGCGGUCACAUGCGUUUUUGUGUUAUCUUUGCAAUUUGUCAUCAUUGUUGCGUCAGACACAACUUGAAUAGUGCGCAUAACGUGUUUGUCAACUCAAAAAUACAACAUUUUGUGCGAAAACGUGGUUUACUGAAUGAAAACAUUUCUUUCUAGGAUUUUCUGAAUUUCGUGGAUUUUUGACUAUUCAACUAUUAUUAAUUACCCGCUUUUUUGUAUUUCCCGUUAACACUUCGCCUUUUUCCACUUAAAAAUCGAAGCAUUAAACUAAAACUCAGUCAAAUUUCAACGCGCACAGUACACAGCAAUUCAGCGCGAAAAAUGGAAUUUUCGCGGGCUCUCUUCAAAAAAUUGAAUAAUUUACCGAAUCUUAGGCUUGAAGGAGUUUUGGCUAAAUCUUCCCGUUGUCCUCAAGAAAUAGCUCUAAAAAUUCGCAAAAAUUCAUUUUUUCAGGUCGAUAAUGUCCGGCGUCAAAGAGUUUGAUUAUCUGGUGAUCGGAGGCGGCUCCGGAGGAAUCGCUUCGGCUCGCCGAGCCCGUGAAUUUGGAGUUUCGGUCGGGCUCAUCGAAUCCGGACGGCUCGGAGGCACCUGUGUACGUUUUUCGUCAAAAAAGUUUGCUCUCUCAAUUUCCUUCUAUCCUACAGCUAUAAAAGCAAUAGAUUUUCCUCUUGUUCCCACAUUUGCUGUCACAAUUUCAAAACAUUCGCACUUUUUCAGGUGAACGUGGGAUGUGUGCCGAAAAAAGUAAUGUACAACUGCUCGCUGCACGCCGAAUUCAUCCGCGAUCAUGCCGAUUAUGGUUUUGACGUCACACUCAAUAAAUUUGACUGGAAGUAUGUCAGCAAUGACUGGACUGCCCAACCUUUUUACGCCUAUUUUUCACUUUAAAACUUUCAGAGUCAUCAAAAAGUCUCGUGACGAGUACAUCAAGCGUUUGAACGGACUCUACGAGGGCGGACUCAAGGGGGUAAUGCGUAGACGUAAAAAUUGACUAAAAAUCAAUUUUCUUUUCAGUCCUCGGUCGAGCUGAUCCGUGGACGUGCCUCUUUCGCCGAAGACGGCACCGUCGAGGUGAACGGCGCGAAGUAUCGCGGAAAAAAUACGCUGAUCGCCGUCGGUGGCAAACCGACGAUCCCGAACGUUCCGGGCGCCGAGCACGGCAUCGAUUCCGACGGUUUCUUCGAUUUGGAGGAUCUGCCGAGGUUUUUAAUUGCAUUUUUAGAAUUUUUCUAUAACAAUUUUGAAUUUCAACCAGGGGUGGGUGGGCCCGUCUCGUGGUUCCCUUCCAACUGUUUGGAUUCCUGUUCUCUGUCGCCUCCUGUUUCUUUUUGCAAGCAAUUUCUUCCCAAGCCUGAUUUCAACUUUUUCAGCCGCACGGUCGUCGUCGGCGCCGGCUACAUUGCCGUCGAAAUCGCCGGAGUGUUGGCGAAUCUCGGCUCGGACACGCAUUUGCUCAUCAGAUAUGAUCGGGUAAUUUUUUUGGCUAUCAGCAUCUUCUUCCAACAUGAUUUACAAUCGAAAGUUGCUGUUUUCCAGACAAAACAAUGUUUGUCAUUAAACAUUUUUUUUUAGGUGCUCCGAACCUUCGACAAGAUGCUUCAGGAUGAGCUGACGGCCGAUAUGGACGAGGAGACGAAUCCGCUUCAUUUGCACAAAAACACUCAGGUUACGGAAGUGAUCAAGGGCGCCGACGGCCUUUUGACCGUCAAAACCACGACCGGAACCAUCGAAAAAGUGCAGACGCUCAUUUGGGCUAUCGGGAGAGAGCCGCUCACCAAGGAGCUCAAUUUGGAGAGAGUUAGUCAUCCGUUUCUUUUCAAAAUUGGAAAAAAGACUAUGAAAUUGGUUUCUCCCGAUUUCUGAUGUUCUUUUUCCCUAUUUCAAAGUGUCUCUAAGUUUUUUGCCUCAAUUUAUCAUUUUGCAGGUUGGAGUGCAAACGGACGCCGCCGGAAACAUUCUCGUGGACGAAUACCAGAACACGUCGGCGCCGGGCAUCCUGUCGGUGGGCGACGACACCGGAAAGUUCCUGCUGACUCCGGUGGCGAUCGCGGCCGGGCGCCGUCUCUCGCACCGCCUUUUCAACGGCGAAACCGACAAUAGACUGGUCUACGAGAACAUUGCCACCGUCGUGUUCAGCCAUCCGCUCAUCGGCACCGUCGGACUCACUGAGGGUUCGUUAUUCAGGGCAGGGCCUGGACUUUUGACCCACUUGCAAUGGGCCGAUCGUUCCCGGACUUUGCAGGCUUCUUGGAAUUGGAUGGAAGUAUAUUGGGUCCAAGUUUCAGACCGAUCGAAUCAUUCGGUCCCGAGAUGUACUGGUUUGAGCUGAAAAUGCCGGGUUUUACGGCCUCUGAUCCGGAUCGGUCUGAAACUUGGACCCAGUGUACUUCACUCCAAGUCCAAGAAGCCUGAAAAGUUUAAGUCCUAUUGGAUAAUUGCAAGUUUGUCAAAAGUCAUGAAACUUCAAUUUUCUCAAAACUUCUCCAAAGAUAAACCCAUUUUCUUGCAGCGGAAGCAGUGGCCAAGUACGGAAAAGACGAAGUGACCCUGUACAAAUCGCGCUUCAACCCGAUGCUUUUCUCGGUGACGAAGCACAAGGAGAAGGCGGCGAUGAAAUUGGUGUGCGUGGGAAAAGAGGAGAAAGUGGUUGGCGUGCACGUGUUCGGCGUCGGCUCCGACGAGAUGCUGCAAGGAUUCGCGGUCGCCGUCACGAUGGGCGCCACCAAAAAACAGUUCGACGCGACAGUCGCCAUCCAUCCGACCUCGGCCGAGGAGCUCGUCACCAUGCGCGGAGGCGUGAAGCCCGAAUAA